AUGCCGCUAAAACGAACCCCACCGGUCUCGCCUGCGCCGUGCGCGUCCGGCGCGCCUAACAACCGAGCGGCCGCCGCUCACCCGCAGCCCGCGUCGAGUACGGUCAAGUUUCAGCAAUCAGAACUCCAGCACCAGUCACGGCGGGGUGCCUCCGAGGGCUCAGAUUCGAGUCCGUCGUCUCCUCACCCGAAUGAAACGGAAAAAUUCAUUUCACACUGUAACAAAAGGCAGCUUGAAGGUGAUGACCACAGCGACAUGCGCGCAUUUAUGGCUGAAAUGCGUAUGUACUUUACCAAUUUUUCAAUAAAUCAAGACAAAAAAUUAACUGUACUACAAGACACCAUAACAGCGAUUAGGGACCAAAAUGCUGAGAUUUUUAAGACAUUAGAUUUUAUGUCACAGAAAUAUGAUGAUUUAAAUAGCAAGAUAAAUAAAUUAGAGGAUGAGAGGAAAAAUAACCAACAGCAUAUUGCUGUACUUGAGGACAGGAUCGAUUUCCUUGAAAAAAAGGGGCGCGCCACCUUUCUGGAAAUAAGAAAUAUCCCCAUAAACAAGGUAGAAACAAAGGAUUGCUUGUGUGAUAUUGUUGGUAAACUCGGUUCUCUCUUUAAGAUUCCUAUAGAAACCACGGACAUCCGUGACGUCUACCGUAUUGGUUCGAAAGCUCGUGAAAAUAAACCCAUCAUCGUGGAACUGUCUAAUGUAAUGAAGAAAACACAACUUAUCACUGCUUUCAAAAAAUUUAACCGAGUAGAUGGAGCAGAGAAACUAAAUACUCAACAUUUACACAUUGAAGGCAAACCGCAGCAGAUAUACAUCGGUGAAUCAUUGACCCCUAAAUUAAAGCGACUAUUCCACUCGAGCAGAGAGUUUGCAAAAUUAAACAACUAUAAUUAUUGUUGGACAGCAAAUGGGAGCAUUUAUAUAAGGAAGAGAGAAGGAGACCCACACAUACGCAUAAAUGCUGACUCAGACUUCGAUAAAUUACACGAACAAAGCUGA